AUGCCGGGACCUCUCUCGCCGCGGCAUUCGGGAUUCUUGCCUAUCAACAACGGCCACUCCAUCGACAUGGCCGAAAGCGAUAUCCCUCUGACCCAGGUCCGGAGUGCCGCCUCGACUGGUGCACGAAAGCCCGCCAUGAACGUCUCCAACACCGAGGAUUCCGGCUCCGGCACCAACGAAAAGCAUGGCCUUUUUCAACGUCACAACAAGGGCGGUCGCCGUAAGAAACACGGCGAGCUGGGUCGCAAAGGAACCGGUGGCUCCGAUGAUUUCAAGGUCAACGCAAUGGGCAGGUUCUACAACAAAAUCACUGGCGCCUCUGUUGUCACCCGCUAUUUGGUCUACAUCAUCCCCAUCGGCCUCCUUCUGGGUGUGCCACUGGUCGUCCUUCCCCUCACCGGUCACCGGAAGGAUGUCUUGGUGGGAGGAACCAAGGGCAAGCCGCUGUUUGAUUUGUUCCUGUGGAUCGAAAUCGCCUGGCUUACACUCUGGGCCGGCAAAUGUGUUGCCUGGGUCCUCCCGCAUGCCUUCAUGUUCUUCUGCGGAGUCGUCAGCUCUGGCACGCGCAAGUACGCUACCGUCCUUCAAAACUUGCAAAUCGCCUUCUCGCUGUUCUUCUGGGCCCUUGCAUCUUGGCAGUCUUUCCAGGCCUUGUUUAGUCGUAACAAUCCCGACCCCGCCCCAUGGAUUAUCACAAUGAUCCGCCUCCUGGGAGCUACCUUCGUCUCAUCCGCCGUCUACCUCGGCGAGAAAGCCAUUGUCCAGCUCAUUGGUAUAUCCUACCAUCAACGUUCUUUCGCCCUCCGCAUCAAGGAGUCCAAGCAUGAGAUCCGCCUUCUCGGCUUGCUCUACGACGCUUCGCGCACCCUGUUCCCCAUGUACUGUCCUGAGUUUGAGGAUGAGGACUACGUCAUCAACGAUAGUCUCGAUUUGAUUUUGGCAAAGGCCGCGAAGGGCGGCCAGGGCUCAGCCACUCCCCUCCGACUCGUUGGCGAUAUCGGCCGUAUGGGAGACAAGAUCACGGGUGUCUUUGGCAACAUCGCCUCCGAAAUUACCGGAAAGCAGGUCUUCAACCCCAACUCGGCCCACUCCAUCGUCGUCGAGGCCCUUGAGAAGACCAAGCCCUCUGAGGCUCUCGCCCGCCGCAUCUGGAUGUCUUUCGUCGUCGAAGGAAAGGACUCACUGUACCCCGAUGACUUCCAUGAGGUGCUGGGACCCGCUUACUCGGAAGAGGCCGAAGAGGCUUUUGGCAUGAUUGACAACGACAUGAACGGAGACAUCAGCUUGGAUGAGAUGACGCGCAAGGUUGUGGAGAUUGGCAAGGAACGCAAGGCCAUCACCGAAGGCAUGAAGGACAUUGGCCAAGCACUCCGCGUGUUUGAUAAGGUCCUGAUGUUUGUUGUUGUCCUGAUUGUCGUCUUCAUCUUCUUGGCCUGGUUCCAGUCCAGCUUCCUGACCACUGUUGCCACCGCCGGAACCGCUCUCCUGUCUCUCUCCUUCGUCUUCGCCGUUACUACCCAGGAAUUCCUCGGUUCAUGCAUCUUCCUCUUCGUCAAACAUCCCUAUGACGUCGGUGACAGAGUUGAUAUUGUUGGCUCCGAGAAGCAGCAACUCAUCGUGGACAAGAUCUCUCUCCUGUACACCGUCUUCACCCGCAUCGACAAGAUGCAGGUGGUGCAAGUCCCCAACAUCACCCUCAACAAUCUUUGGAUCGAGAACGUUACCCGCAGCAAGGCCAUGAAGGAGGUCAUUGACCUGAACGUCUCUUUCGACACGAGCUUUGAGGACAUCGAGCUGUUGCGCCUCGAAAUGGAGAGCUUUGUCCGCAGCCCCGACAACUCACGCGACUUCAUGCCCGACAUCGCCAUUGGCGUCGGUGGUGUUGGCGACUUGGACAAGCUGCAGCUCAAGAUCGCUAUCAAGCACAAGUCUAACUGGCACAACGAUGCCGUCCGCGCUACUCGCCGCUCCAAGUUCAUGUGCGCCCUGGCCAUGGCCAUCAAGAAGAUCCCCAUCUACGCCCCCGGAGGUGGUUCUGAAGCUCUCGGCGCUCCGGGCAACCCGUCUUACUCCGUGGCCGUCUCCGAUGAGGUUGCCGCGGCUGCCCGUAAGAACGCCGCAAAGGCCAAGGAGGCGAAGCGCCUGGUGCCCUCUCCCGCCGCCGAAGGUACCAGCACAAAACCGGAUUCCAAAACCGAGAAGCAGGCCGUUCAGGAAUUGAACCUCCGCGACCCAUUGGUCGAGGAGGAUUGGGGCUACCGGGUGGGCGACGAUGACACUCUGUCUGGAUCCAGGGACCGUCGCUCGACCGAAAUUGAACGUGUCCGCAACGAGUUACUGAAGCGAGCCAGCACCAAGGGUGGCGGCGGUCGUCGCAAGCCAGGUGAAACUAUCCCGUUGUCCCCCGUGGGCGACGGGCCCGGCUUGGGUCUGACGCAAACCACAUCACGAAGUCGCGCUUACGAUGAAGAGGCCGAGACAGGCGUGUCAGAAUCGUAUAGCUCUACCUACUACGGCGGCCAGUCCAGCACCUAUGCUACCUACGGACAAUCACUAUCCCCCACCGUCUCUCCGCCCCACCCCCUUCAGAGCGCGCCUGCGGCAGGCCAGCGUCCACGCGGGCGCAGCGUCUCCAACACCCAACAACAGAACGAAGCUGCUCAGAGUAGCCAGAAGAAACAGUGA